AACAUUUUCAAGAACCCAAAAUUUUGCCUAAACCCUUUUGAACCAAAAAAAAAAUAUAAAAUUUGCCUAACCCAUCAAGAUAAGCAUUACUUAUGUAACGCCGUGAAUCCGAAAAUGAAAUCCUUUCAAAAAAAGAUUCCUUUUUUCCUCCAUUUAAUUAAUGUAAUAAUUCUAUUAUUAUAAUCCCUAUUUUUCUGCUGAUUCUAGUCAAUAUUUAGGUAAUCUUCACUCAACCCAUUUUCAUUCUUAUACCAUUUGUUUUCAAGUUCCUUUCUUCACCUAACCUCUUUCACCCUCUUUAAGCCAAUAUAUAUUUGUAUAGAUUCUCUCAAUUUAUUUGUAUUUUAAUGGUGAAAGUGUUUGAUUCUCUUAUACCAAUUGAACCCAUUUUAUUAUGAUCUUUUCUCCAUUUGAAUUCUUGGGUUUUGACAUUUCAAUGUUAACAAAACCCUUCUUAUUUUUGGGGUGGAGGUAAGAUUUUUGUUUGUUUGUCUAUUUUGCUUGGAGUUGAAGUGAUACAAAAGUAGGUAAGGAUCUGAUUCUGGGUUGUUUUGGAAGUUAAACAAAGAUUCGAUUUUUAUUACUUUUGAGGGAGUUCAUAAGCUCUUUCUAUGAUUAUGUUUAUUCUUUUGUGAUUAUAGCUUUUUUGGAAUCUUGUGGGGGGGGGGUGUAAUGAGCAGGAAAAAUGGUUUGAUCACAGUGUAUAUGGUCUGGCUUUGGUUUUAAAAUGGAGAAAACGUUAGCUCUUUUCCAUUAUCUGAUUGCUCAUACGUAUGCUUAUUGCCUUGGUUUUUUUAUUAUUUUAGACGAGGAAGAGGUGUAGUUAGCUAAGAUUAAUGGAUCAAGAGAAAAGGGGUGAUUGCAUAGGGGCUAGUAUGAACUUGAGUCAAGUUGGGGAAUGUGUCGGUGGAAAUUCAAAGAAUUCGAUUAAUGGGGUUGUGUCUGGAACUGCCAUUGUGGAAAAUUCUGAAGAAAAAUUGUGUUCUAAUGGAGAAAAUUCGGAUUUGAGAUUGCAAAAUGAUGGCUUUGAAUCGUGUAAGAAUCAGGAGAUGGAUUUUGGGAGAGGAAUUGGUCAGAAUGAUCUGGGAACUAACGGGAAUUCAAGUAGUUUAAUUGAUGCAAAUGUAGUGGUAUCAUCAAGUGAGGGGUUUGUUGAAGAAAGGAAUGAAUCGAUUUGCGAGGAGAUGAAUGAAAUUAGAGGUCAAGUUGAUCAAGGAAGUAGUGAGAGUUUCCCUAAUUCAGUUACUGGAUCUGUAAUUCAGACCAUUAUUGUGAUUAACACCCAAGAGGCAUCAUCUCUGGAAGGAAUUAGCGGAGAGUUCGAAGUGAAAGACUAUGGUCUUGGUUCAAGUAAAGUAUCAGUUGAAGGGCCAAAGACAAAAGCUGCUGAAGCAGAGGACGCAUGUGUGAUUGAUGUAAAGGGAAGCGGCGGUGGCCAAAGACAGUUUAAGGAGAGUUGGGAUGAGGAAACAGUUUGUAGAAUUUGUCAUUUGAAUUCCGAGCAAUCCCUUGAAUAUACUGAUAGUACAUCGGCUACUGCAGCUGAUGUGGAUCUAAUUCAACUAGGUUGCGAGUGCAAAGAUGAGCUAGGAAUCGCACAUAGUCAUUGCGCAGAGGCAUGGUUUAAGCUGAAAGGAAACAGAAUGUGCGAAAUUUGUGGUCAAACCGCAAAAAACAUCAGUGGCGUUAGAGAUAACAGAUUUAUCGAAGAUUGGCAUGGCCAAGGAUCUACAAGUGGCGGUGCUAGCUUCUCAGAUCAACAUUCAGGAUGUUGGCGUGGACAGCCUUUCUGUAACUUCCUCAUGGCAUGCCUGGUAAUGGCCUUUGUACUGCCGUGGUUCUUCCGUGUGAAUAUGUUUUAGCAAAGGUGUGAACCGGACAUAACGUUCGUCCUCUGCACCACCUUUUCUUGCCUUCCUGUCGGGUCAGCUUCUCCUGUCGAAUUUGAAUGGAUAUGAAAUAACUCGUCGGUGAGGCUACAUUACGGGUUGUUUCUGGUUUUCAAUACCCAUAUAGACAAACCAUAAAGAUUGAGUUUUCAAAUUUCAGAAGUAGCCAUCCAUGCCCCAAUUCUUUUACUGUGACAAAAUUGUAUUUGCUGCUUGCAAUAUUAACUUAUUUGGUAUUUGUGCCUUUCAGCUUAAAGUCAAAGCUUAGGCAAAGGAUGGCUUCGGCUGUAUAACUGUAUUACAGUGAGAAGUUUUUUUCUUCUUAUUUAUUAAAGAUCUAGAUUUGGCAUGCA